AUGAAGAAUGAGAUCAAGAAGAUAAAUCACGUGAGUAAUAAUAGCAAGCAGAAGAAGAUCAAGAAUGAGAUCAAGAAGAUAAAUCACGUAAGUAAUAAUAACAAGCAAAAGAAGAUCAAGAAGGAGAUCAAGAAGAUAAAUCACGUGAGUAAUAAUAGCAAGCAGAAGAAGAUGAAGAAUGAGAUCAAGAAGAUAAAUCACGUAAGUAAUAAUAGCAAGCAGAAGAAGAUCAAGAAUGAGAUAAAGAAGAUAAAUCACGUAAGUAAUAAUAACAAGCAAAAGAAGAUCAAGAAGGAGAUCAAGAAGAUAAAUCACGUGAGUAAUAAUAGCAAGCAGAAGAAGAUCAAGAAUGAGAUCAAGAAGAUAAAUCACGUAAGUAAUAAUAACAAGCAAAAGAAGAUCAAGAAGGAGAUCAAGAAGAUAAAUCACGUGAGUAAUAAUAGCAAGCAGAAGAAGAUGAAGAAUGAGAUCAAGAAGAUAAAUCACGUAAGUAAUAAUAACAAGCAAAAGAAGAUCAAGACGGAGAUCAAGAAGAUAAAUCACAUAAGUAAUAAUAACAAGCAAAAGAAGAUCAAGAAGGAGAUCAAGAAGAUAAAUCACGUGAGUAAUAAUAGCAAGCAGAAGAAGAUCAAGAAUGAGAUUAAGAAGAUAAAUCAUGUGAGUAAUAAUAGCAAGCAGAAGAAGAAGAUCAAGAAUGAGAUCAAGAAGAUAAAUCACGUGAGUAAUAAUUGCAAGCAGAAGAAGAACAAGAAUGAGAUCAAUAAGAUAAAUCACAAGAAGAAGAUCAAGAAUGAGAUCAAGAAGAUAAAUCACGUGAGUAAUAAUAGCAAGCAGAAGAAUAAGAUCAAGAAUGAGAUCAAGAAGAUAAAUCACGUGAGUAAUAAUAGCAAGCAGAAGAAGAUCAAGAUUGAGAUAAAGAAGAUAAAUCACUUGAGUAAUAAUAACAAGCAGAAGAAGAUCAAGAAUGAGAUAAAGAAGAUAAAUCACUUGAGUAAUAAUAGCAAGCAGAAGAAGAUCAUGAAUGAGAUCAAGAAGAUAAAUCAUGUAAGUAAUAAUAACAAGCAAAAGAAGAUCAAGAAGGAGAUCAAGAAGAUAAAUCACGUGAGUAAUAAUAGCAAGCAGAAGAAGAUGAAGAAUGAGAUCAAGAAGAUAAAUCACGUAAGUAAUAAUAACAAGCAAAAGAAGAUCAAGAAGCAGAUCAAGAAGAUAAAUCACGUAAGUAAUAAUAACAAGCAAAAGAAGAUCAAGAAGAUAAAUCACGUGAGUAAUAAUAGCAAGCAGAAGAAGAUCAAGAAUGAGAUUAAGAAGAAAAAUCAUGUGAGUAAUAAUAGCAAGCAGAAGAAGAAGAUCAAGAAUGAGAUCAAGAAGAUAAAUCACGUGAGUAAUAAUAGCAAGCAGAAGGAGAAGAUCAAGAAUGAGAUCAAGAAGAUAAAUCACGUGAGUAAUAAUAGCAAGCAGAACAAGAAGAUCAAGAAUGAGAUCAAGAAGAUAAAUCACGUGAGUAAUAAUAGCAAGCAGAAGAAGAUCAAGAAUGAGAUCAAGAAGAUAAAUCACGUGAGUAAUAAUAGCAAGCAGAAGAAGAUGAAGAAUGAGAUCAAGAAGAUAAAUCACGUGAAUAAUAAUAGCAAGCAGAAGAAGAUCAAGAAUGAGAUCAAGAAGAUAAAUCACAAGAAGAAGAUCAAGAAUGAGAUUAAGAAGAUAAAUCACGUGAGUAAUAAUAGCAAGCAGAAGAAGAUCAAGAAUGAGAUCAAGAUGAUAAAUCACGUGAGUAAUAAUAGCAAGCAGAAGAAGAUCAAGAAUGAGAUCAAGAAGAUAAAUCACGUGAGUAAUAAUAGCAAGCAGAAGAAGAUCAAGAAUGAGAUCAAGAUGAUAAAUCACGUGAGUAAUAAUAGCAAGCAGAAGAAGAUCAAGAAUGAGAUCAAGAAGAUAAAUCACAAGAAGAAGAUCAAGAAUGAGAUUAAGAAGAUAAAUCACGUGAGUAGUAAUAGCAAGCAGAAGAAGAAGAUCAAGAAUGAGAUUAAGAAGAUAAAUCACGUGAGUAAUAAUAGCAAGCAGAAGAAGAAGAUCAAGAAUGAGAUCAAGAAGAUAAAUCACGUGAUAUUUAAGUCCAAGCAGAAGAUCAAGAAUGAGAUUAAGAAGAUAAAUCACAAGAAGAAGAUCAAGAAUGAGAUUAAGAAGAUAAAUCACGUGAGUAGUAAUAGCAAGCAGAAGAAGAAGAUCAAGAAUGCGAUUAAGAAGAUAAAUCACGUGAGUAAUAAUAGCAAGCAGAAGAAGAUCAAGAAUGAGAUCAAGAAGAUAAAUCACGUGAGUAAUAAUAGCAAGCAGAAGAAGAAGAUCAAGAAUGAGAUUAAGACGAUAAAUAGGAAGAUUUUUUGGGAAGACGAUGAAGAAAACAAAGCUGAUGAUAUAAAGAAUGAGAUCAAGAAGACUAACAAGAAGAUGACAUGGAAGAUACAUAGCGAGAUAAAUGAGAAGAUACAAACUAAGAUGAAGGAGGAGACGAAUGGGAAGAUACGGAGAAGAUAA